GAGCAACCAGUUCCCUUUCGGCGCCUUUAAACGGUGGCCUCUGCCGCUCACUCGGGAGGUGACACUUGGGGCUGCCUGUCCCUGGCCCCUGUCCCCUUUCUCGCAAGCAUGAGGCAGCAGCUCCGGCCCUGGGCCGCGGCCACCGUCCUGCUGCUGGGAGACCUGGUGGCCUCGCGGGACGCAGCAGGAGCCGCGGGAGAAGGGCUGCAGGUUCACAUCACCUGCUUCAACUUCGAAACGGUGCAGGUCACUUGGAACGCGACUGGACACCCGGGGACGAACCUGACCUUCUUCUACACGUUCACGCGGGGCGCGGGUCACCGCCCCUGCACCAACUACACGCUUUGGCGAGGCCACACGUCCGGGUGCCUGCUGGCCGCGCGCGACGACAUCCUCUACUUCUCCAUCAGAAACGGGAGCCGCCUCCUCGUCUCCAGGAGCCAGUGGCUGAGCGACUACUUGAAGCCCGGCUCCCCCAAGGACGUCCACUUCCGGUGGCUGCAGGAGGACGUCCUGGUGACGUGCUCCGACCUGCCCUACGGGGGCCUCCUCUACGAGGUCCAGUACAGGAGCCGCUUCGACGCCGAGUGGGAGUCCAGGGAAGCGACGACGUGCAACGUGACCGUCGGAGGGUUGGACACCCAGAAGUGCUACAGCUUCCGGACCCGGGUGAAAACCACCGAGGACCAGUACGGCCCCCACGCCACCCCCAGCGACUGGUCCCAGGUGACGCACUGGCAGAGGGCGGAGCUCAGAGACUCCUGCGAGGAGGAGCCCGGUCUUCGCCGCACGCGGUUCCCCAAGUUCAUCCUCAUCUCCAGCUCGGUCACCCUCCUGACCCUGUGUCUCCUGCUGCUGUCCUUAUGGAGACUGCAGAGAGUGAAGAAGCUGCUCGUGCCCAGCGUCCCGGACCCGAAGGGCAAGUUCCCCGGCCUCUUCGAGCAGCACCAAGGGAACUUCCAGGCGUGGAUCGCAGACACCCAGAACGUGGUGGUCCCGCUGGCCAAGGCGGGAGGCCUGGAGCCGGAGACCCCCCCGGAGGAGGCCCUGCUCAUCCACCUGCUCAAGACGGAGCCCGAGGCGCCUGCCAGCUCAGGACCCGCGUGUCUGCAGACGGGGGAGGAAGAGGCCCCGGGGGGGUCCCCCCAGCUCCCUCCCCAGGCCCCCCAAGGUGGAGACAGGGUGUUUCUGGGAGACUUCGCCUUUGUGAUGAGUGACAACUCCUACAUGAUGCUGUGAGGUGGCCCCUCCAAGGCCACCAUCGGGAUCCACGCUGAUGUCCAAGGACACGAGAAAUAUCAGGACUUCACCGGAGCCCCCUGGGCCCCGGGGGGCUCCAAUCUGGGGUCCCUGAGGACCACCACUCACGACGACCGAAGGGAGGGCAUAUCCAGGGUGCCCUAAUAUCCACUCCCCCCCGUGUCCCCCCCAAAUCCUCCCCUUUCAACUUUCCCCUCCACACAUUGGGCCUUAGACCUUUUCUCAUGCAACCCGGGCAGGGAGACGAAUCCCAUUUUUAAAAAGGCAACAGGCCACCCGCGCGUUAGGGGUGCAGCCUGGGCUCCCCUAUUUCAUGGCUGACCUCCUCCCCAGGGGCCCGGUCUGGGCCACAUUGGCGACCUGCGUCGGGGGAAAUGCAUAUUAAUUGCUUUAAUUAAUUAAAUGCAUAUGAAUCGCU